GGGCCAGGAGGCACAUGCCCGCUCUCUCGGUGAUAUGAAAUAGUUCUAGCAAUACCAUCAGUCAACAAAAACAAAAGAUCUCUACAUGUUCAAUUAGAUCGAUGUGAACAUAAGAAAGCAAGAGAAGACAAAGAUACUAGUUAGGAUGAAAUGAUAGACACAUCGUCAAAGACAUUUCAUUUGAAGAAAGUUCUCUUUGAAAUUAUUUCCAAUGCACUUUUUAGCUGCCAGAUGCUCCAGCAACAGACCUUCGGGCAAAAGGCUUGCCUGAAGCAACGAUUUCCAAACUUCCCUCGACCGUACUGCCGGUGCCCUCGACAAUAAACUUUCCUCGUGUCGUGCGUGGAAUAAAUAUAUAGGCAAUUCACAUUCAUAUAAUAGUUAUAAUUUCUGACAAAUCUGUCUCAUUUUCUUACUCUUUUUUCCGUACACUUCUCCCACUGUUCUUUCUUUGAUUCUAACCAUGAUUGACGCCGAGCCCUUGUUGUGUGCAAGCCUUCAAGGGUUUCAUAUCCGCUAUUAGAUCCGCUCCAAAAGCUACAGUCGUCCGGAGGCCGUGUUUGAGCGAAGGUGCGAUCCGACGCCCUCGCCGACGCCAUGGUAGUUCCUUACACCAACAAAGUUUGCGACAGCAGUCGGGGAGCCUUCACCAAGCUUCUGAUUAGAUGGCGCGGAAGCGUGUACAAGAUGGUGUGGAAGGAUAUGCUGGUAUACAUCCUCCUAUACGCUAGUUUAUCCUGCAUCUAUAGGUUUGGGCUCACAGAUGAUCAAAAGAGGGAUUUCGAGAAGGUGUCCCAGCACUGCGGCCAUUUCCGGAACCUGAUUCCCAUCUCGUUCGUGCUGGGCUUCUACGUGUCGCUGGUGGUGAGCCGCUGGUGGGGCAUGUACCUCAGCAUCCCCUGGCCGGACACGUGCUGCAUCCUCCUGUCCACGCACGUCCAGGGCCAGGACGCCAUCGGCAGGAUGCUGCGCUGCACGGUGGUCCGCUACCUCAACCUGGCCUUCGUCAUGACCUUCGCCAUGGUGGCCCCGGGCGUCAAGAAGAACUUCCCGACGCUGCAGCAGCUCGUGGAUGCCGGCUACCUGACGGCCAACGAGCGUGAGAUCCUGGAGGGCAUGGAGAAGAAGACGGCCGUGCACAAGACGUGGGUGCCGUUCAUGUGGGCGUGCAAGACCGUGGAACGGGCGAGGCGCGAGGGGCGCGUCAAGGACGACGUCACGCAGAAGACGCUCACGGACGAGAUCAUUCGUCUGCGCGGAUGCUGCGGCGACAUCUUGGGUUGGGACGAGUACAACAUACCUCUGGUGUACACGCAGGUUGUGACCAUCGCCGUGUACUCCUUCUUCCUGUUCUCCGUGAUCGGCGAGCAGUUCCUGGACCCGAUGCACACUAAGCAGAUCAUCGACCUGUACGUGCCCGUGUUCACGCUGCUCCAGUUCUUCUUCUACAUUGGCUGGCUCAAGGUCGCCGAGUCACUCAUCAACCCGUUCGGCGAGGACGACCACGACUUCGAAUUCGUCGCUCUCGUCAAGAGGCAUCUCGAGAUGUCGUAUCUCCUGGCCGACCCGCAGGCCGACGAGCACCCGAACAUGCUGCAGGACGAGUACUGGAGCUCCGUCGAAGAGAAGGCGGAGGUGGCUAACGCGGGCGUCUACCUGGCCAACCACAGCUUCUCAAUGGCCGCGGAGGUAGUGGAGGUGUGAGAAAUGGCCGGCUGAAAUGAGCUCGAAUCCCUCCAUCCCUUCCCUCGAUGACGCUUCAGCCCACGACCUCGCUCGCCGUCUUCGCCGAGAAGAGCCCCGAACUCUCCUGUGCUUCCGAGGCGCACCAGCUCUUCGGAUGUGGCGUGGAAAUCCUGUGGGAAAGAUUAGACGCCAGGGGACAGUCUCAACAUCCUUCAAGUGUUCACUUCUACUUGAAAACGAGGUUGACAGGGAAUUCCAGCUCACGCCGCCAUUUUCUUGUCUAAGCUACCUCAAUAUAUGGCCAGUUUUAACUGUAAUUGAUGGAGUAAUUGCUUUAUUUUAGCUUCAUUGAUAUAAAUCAACGAACCAGAAAGGAAUAUGCUUAUAUUUUAGAACUAAGAAUUAUUGACGAUGAUAUAUGAAAAAGCCUAGGAUGAAACUACAUGUAAUUCUAUAGUAUGGUGUCUGGUGUGACCUGGGGUAGGAUGUUAAGUAUUGUGAAUGAAAAGGUGUUGAAAAAAAUCCUUUUAGUACAUAGACAUUCACCUAAAUAAAUAUUAUAGACUGUAGAAGUGUUUUUCUGUGUCGUGAAGCAGCUGCAGUUAAUGUACUAACAAAACACACACACACACACACUCACACACACACACGCGCUCGCGCGCACACACACAUAUAUAUAUAUAUAUAUAUAUAUAUAUAUAUAUAUAUAUAUAUAUAUAUAUACAUAUAUAUAUAUAUAUAUAUAUAUAUAUAUAUAUAUAUAUAUAUAUAUAUAUAUAUAUAUUGUAUUUAUUUGUUUGCUUAUUCAUGUGUCUCCAUAUCUAUAUUUAUCUAUCUGUUUAUUCAUCUAUCUGUCCAUACCCAUCCGUUUGCUAUGUGGUGCAGAGGUAGUGAUCUCGUCUAGCAAUCUUGCUGUCCUGCUUUCACAUCCCAUGCCGCCAAUGGAUGGUAACCCCGGCCAUUCCUUACACACAAGGGGUAAUUUAGGAGCAAACAUAAGAAUAACAUAAGACAUAAGAAUAACCAUUGUAACAAAUGGAAUUAACUAAACUUUGUUUGAUUUAAUAAAAGUAUCUAUUUA